ACGGCGAACGAACGGAUCGGCUGAAGGUUACAUUUGUUGUAAUAACAGAAUUAAGUGAUCAGACGAAUCGAUAGUGAAUUUCUAUCCCAAUACAUUCAAUUUCAGUUUAGUGUUUUUUUUUUUUGUACUUUAUUUGGGUGAAGAACCUCGGUAAAGGCGAGAAACGGAACACUCUGAAACACUUUCACCUUUCGGCCGCUUUUAAAUUCGUCAGAGAGUUUAAGUAGCGGCCCAAGGUUUGUACCGACCAGACGGUUUCUACACCGCUCUGCUACACCCCGAUCGAAAAUAGGAGAAAAAGAAAGCCCCGAGCCGAGAUGGAACGAGGAAUCGAUAACGCUGGCGCGGAUGUUGAGAUGGAGAGUGGCCUGGAUAAAAGAUCGAUCCGCAUUGAGGAUUUGUCAACCCUCGCCGUUAAGGACAUGGAUUUAGCCUCCUCUAAAAGUGACUCGAAUUCAAAUGAAGGGCCCGGCAGCGACGAUGACGACGACGAGCCGACCGACCAAUCCUGCGAAUUCAUCGGCAACGCCCUGGAAAAUUUUUGGAAAACCCUGGGCGAAUUUUUCUCGGAAAGAUCGGCGGCGGCCCGCAGUGUCAUCUACAUUCUCCUGGCCGUUCUGUACAAUGCCUACUUCGUCGCCAGCGUCUAUUAUUCGAUACACAAUGGAAUCGCGAUGGAUUGGUGCGACGGAGUGGGUUUCCUCAUUGUCCUGACGGGCCUCAUUUACUUGGGCCUGUUCUACUUCCAAAUUGUCAAAAAGUUCUGGGGCAAAGCUAUUAAUCGGGCAGUGCUCAAGCCGUUCGGAAAGGCUUUCGACAAAGUCUGGAAGUACAGUUGGUUUCGAUAUGGAUUUUACCUCGUCCUUAUUGCCGGUUUGCUCACAUUUCUGAUUAUCGACACGGCAGACGAGCGAGUGAGAUUGCAAUCCUUUGGUGGUCUACUCGUCUUCCUGCUGCUCGGCUGGAUCUUUUCCAAAUAUCCGUCCAGGGUGAUAUGGAGACAUGUGAUGUGGGGCAUGACGCUGCAGUUGAUAUUUGGUCUAAUCGUCUUGCGAUGGGACUUUGGUCGAAGAGUUUUCGAAUGUCUGGGUCAGAAAGUUACAACUUUUCUCGAUUACACCAACGCAGGAUCAAGUUUCGUCUACGGUUACUUGGUGACCGAUCAAAACACGUCGGGCAUAGCCUUGGGAACCAUAUUUGCCUUCAAAAUUCUGUCGGUCAUCUUCUUUUUCAGUUUCUUCGUCAACAUUCUCUACUAUUACGGCGUGAUGCAAUGGGUCGUUCAGAAACUCGGAUGGCUCCUGCAGGUCUCGGUCGGCACUACGGCGGCCGAAUCGAUGAACGCGGCCGCCAACAUCUUUUUAGGACAGACUGAAGCUCCGCUGCUUAUCAGGCCGUUCCUUCCUAAAAUGACGAAAUCGGAGAUUCACGCCGUCAUGGUUGGCGGAUUUGCCACCAUAGCAGGAUCUGUAUUGGCCGCCUACAUCAGUUUCGGCAUUAGCGCCUCCCAGUUACUCAGCGCAUCCGUCAUGGCCGCUCCCGCUGCUCUGGCCUUGGCCAAAUUGUUUUACCCAGAGACGGAGAAAUCUCAGACAAAGGCUGGAGAUAUUAAAGUUCCUAAAGGAACCGAAGCGAAUGCUUUGGAUGCAGCCGCCCAAGGAGCUGCGAAUGCCGUGUUUUUGGUGGCCAAUAUCAUCGCCAAUUUAAUCGCCUUUUUAGCAUUCAUCGCCUUCCUCAACGGAGUCAUUUCCUGGUACGGCAAUCUCCUGGGAGCGCCCUACAUAACAUUCGAAUGGAUUAUGGGGAAAGUAUUCAUCCCAGUAGCUUUCCUGAUGGGAGUUCAGCCAUCUGAAUGUUACCUCGUUGCCAAUUUGGUGGCUAUUAAGACAAUAGUCAACGAGUUUGCAGCUUACAGCAAACUUUCGGAAUACAUUGCACAGGGCAUUAUUUCGAAACGAUCGGAAACGAUCGCUACCUUUGCGUUGUGCGGAUUCGCCAAUCCUGGGUCGAUUGGCACCCAAAUCGCCGCACUGGCCACCAUGGCCCCCGAUCGACAGAGCGAUCUGGCACAAGUUGCCUUCCGAGCUUUUAUUGCCGGCAGCACGGCAUCGUUCAUGAACGCUUGCGUUGCUGGUACCUUGAUUUCGACGGUCUCAACUGUGCCCCUAUCGACGACCUACGCACCUUCAACGCUCAGUUUCACGCCAAACAUUACCGCCAUAAUGGGUUCCAAUUUUUAGUCAACUUUCAUGUGCAAUUAAAUUCGAACAAAAAAAAAGGAGAAAUAAACAGCUUGUUGUUGUAAGAUUCGACGAAAUUUACAGCUAGUCACAGAUUCUUAGUCUAACAGUCGACUAAGGAAUAUAAAAAAAAACUUCUAUAGCUCACACAUUUGUAAUCAUGAGUAAUACAGGGGGAGCGGGUCUGCCUGAUCAACAUUUGUAUAUGACCAAUACCACACAUUUUCUCCCAAUGGAGGGGACUAUUUUAAUCGAGGGUUGGGCUGUUGGCUUGGUAAACUAACGAAAAUGAGCCGUCAUUAUUUCCACAUACAUAUGCCACGAACGAUACAAGUAAAUAUGUCGGAUGAGUGUUUACAUCCGUAAUAACAGACGUGUGUACAUGGCCACCUCGACCAGUUAUUGACUAACGAAUUGCCGUCAUUAUUGGAGAUAAUUAUUUGCCUUUGUAGCAACCUGUAUCCAUACUCCUAUAGCGUCAACACAGACUAAACGACACGUAGCUGUUUACUGUCCUAAUAAGUCGCAUUCUUAUUCCAAAUAACUGGGAAUAGGAUAUUCCAACUCCCUAUAUAAAGCCGACUUUUUCUCACCGAAUACAUCACAUUGUCUAUCAGCAACUCUACAACAACACCAAAAAUGUUCCAGAAAUUCUUUAUCUUCGCCGUUAUCAUCGCCAUGAUGGCCAUCGUCUUCACCAACUCCAUGCCCACUGCUGAAGAGGGUGAAGCCGUUGACCAAACUUUCUGCAAACUCUUCUCUACCUGCGUCAACAGCACCAACUGUGCCGGCAAUCUCAUAUACAAGACCUGCCGCGCCAACCUGUUUGGCAGUCUGCAGUGCUGCUUGUAAACGAUUCAUUGUACCGAGAUGUUAUUUUAAAACUUAUUCAUCACGACGACCCAAGAUUUGAGAGCAGGAUCACGUUUACCGACCUUUCUACUUUUGUUUUCUUUCCAUCUAUGCCUAAGACAAUUCAAAUCUUUAGUUAGGUCUCAUACACCUAUCUCAAUUUAAAAACUUGUCGUUUAUAUCAGAAAAUAAAAAUCUAUUCUUAAGCAU